AUGGCGACUUCAGAAGCUCAAGUCUUUCAGAGAUUACAGUCUUACUCUUUCAGUCUGGAUCCCGAGUUUGCAAAUGGCCUCUCAAUAAUACUUGGUCACCCCGAUACCCCCGCCACCGAGGAGGAGAUAAAUCGGGAUGACGACCUUGUCUUGCAAGCAAAGUGUUUUUUUUUCUCACGAAAAGAAAGACUUACUCCUGCUAUUGACUUUGUAACAUUCAAGUCGUGGUUGGCAUCGCGGGAAACGGACCCCCGAGUAACAGGCAACAAAGAAGACUCAUCGCAAAUUCCAACUGGAUCAUUGUCAGAGCAAAUUACCCCUGGGCCUGAGAGCUCUAUACACCCUGAGCCUGCUUACCCGUCGUCGUUUGCGCACAUUGUGGAACUCAUCACCACGGGUCAACCAAUACCCGGCAUCCAAAACAUACCAGACACAGUGCUUACUGGCCAUGAUAUGUCCAGUGAGAAACCACGGCGCCGGAAACCAUGGGAGAGUGAUGAAGUGAAAACUGCUUCCGAUGAGGCUGCAAGUGUUACACCUUGA